AUGAAAACACGUUCUGAGUCCGACUCAGAUGACGACAACCCGGCCCCGUGGGCCACAAAGGAUGUCCUUGGGUUCUUCUCGAUAGUUCUCACAUAUGCCAAGAGCGCACAAGAGUUGAAGGGUGCGGUGUUAGACGCGCACGGCGCAAAGGCGCUUGUCUCAUUUACGCCGCGAGUCUACUGGACAACGGUUUAUGAGGAUGUCAAGGACAAGAUACCCGGAAGCCUGUGGGAUAUCAUCAACGUUCUUGCUUGCUAUCAAUUUGGAUCAAGUGAGGACGUUAAACUCGACGAGGAUUACUGCGGCGGAAGUGUGGAGAAGCCAGAAGUGAAGGGAACGCUUGAGAAACAGGCCUGGAAAGACGCAGAUGAGGGCGGAGAGGAACUGUCGGUGAAAACGUGGAUCGAAAGCAUUGAUCAAGGAGAAAGGCCUGACGCGCUGAGCGAAUUCGACCAGAAAUACUGGGAUGGAUCGAUCGGCGCAUUCGAAGCCUAUGGCACCGGCCCCGUCAAGGAGAAUGUAUAUUGCAAAGGCGUGCAGCAACUCGGGAGGUGCCACUGUGGGAAUUCAGGAACUUAG